UGGGGAUUUUGGAGUUUAUUACCCGGGGAGAGAGGGUAGAGCCUGGGCUUUGUGUCUGUGCAAGUCCUGUGAGCCAGAGACUUUCUCAAAAGCCCUGGGCUCCCUUCAAACACGCCAAGUCCCUUCCAGAGCAGCCUGAAGACCGACCGACGCUGUCAUCAAAUCUCACAGGAUCGUCUUUAUUUUGAUAUAUAAAUCGUAAGAUUGGAAGUCAACGGACGCGGUGAUGGUUCUGCUGUCACUAUGGUUCGCAGUUGGAAUAUUAACGGUGAACGUGACUGCAGCGACUGGAUCUGAAGUAACUGGGAGCCCAGGUAGCAGUUUUGCAAAAGUUUGCCGCUCUGGGGCAGGAGUUCAGCUUGGUGACUCCACUAAGGACAGACUCCGAGGGUCGUUUCAUGUCCCACCUGGUAUCGGGCUCCAGAGUCAGGAGGAGAAGGCAGAGCGGCCCCGAGUCCUGGCCUGGGACUCCCGGGCAGAGGAGCCAGGUUGAGCCUGGCCAACUGUUCUUCAAUGUCACCGUCUUUGGCCAGAGCUGGCAGCUCAGACUGGAACCCAGCUACCGGUUGGUGGCCCCAGGAGCCGUGUUGGAGUGGCAGGAGGAUGGACAAAGUCACACACAGCCACUGAAUGAGGAUUGCAUCUAUACUGGGGGCAUCAGCCAAAUCCCUGAGGCCAGAGUAGCCAUUAGCAACUGCGAUGGACUGGUAAGGAGUUAGUGCAUCAUCUCUCUGGUGGAGAAUUCAUGAGAUCUGUAGGAAUAUUGGGGUCUCUAGGAGGGUUAUUAAGGUAUCAAGGAUCCAUUAGGAUCUCAGGAAAUGGACACUGGGGUUAGGGAAGGGAAAUUGGAUUCUUGAGGAAGGUUUUUGGGGUCACUGAAUGACAGUGGAUCCUCAGGGAGUUAUUGGAGUUAGAGGAAAAUAGCUUGAAUGUUGGAGGUGGGAGUGAGAGGAGUUGGCUAUCACUUGCUAAUGAGUAUGAUUGUCCACCUAGGAGAUUCUGUGUCAUUGGUCAUGGGUUCUGUGGGUCUUUGUUUGGCUGAUUAGCCUGGUCCUAAAGCCACAUCUCCAACUGUACAUUUAUCAGGUAUUUCCAGGAGAUUGUUUGCCCUUGAGAUUGUUGGUAUUCCUUUCUCUGGUUCCUUUUCUGUACUUCCUUCCGUUACCGGGUGUUCUCAAAAAAGAAUUGUUACUUCAUACAGGAGUUUCCUCCAAGUCAGUUUCUUCUGAACGAGGGUCUGUCAUGCACUGACAUCGAUGUGGCAUUUUUGAGGGAAACUUUGAAGUGCUUCCCUUGUCGUCCUCUCAUUCAAGUGCCUUCCUUGAGCUGGUGAAGAUGAUUUGUUUUGGAUGUCAGAGCUCAUCUUAAACACAUGGCUGGCCCAGCUGAGUUGGCUCUGGAUGGUCACGGCCUCGAUAUCUGCUUCAGGGAUGCUGACAUUAGUGUCCCUGUCACCCCAGCUGAUGUGGAGAAUCUGCUUUAAACAGCAUCAAAGAUACUUAUUUGAUUUGGUUUAUUAUUGUCAUGUGUACUGAGAUACCGUGAAAUGCAUUGUUUCGCACGCUGUCUAGACAAAUCAGACCAUACAUUAGCACAUUAAAGUAAUAGAGUGCAGAAUACGGUGUUACAGCUACAGAGAAGAUGCAGAGAAAGAUCAACUCGAACAUAUGAGAGGUCCGUUCGUAAGUCUGAUAACAGCAGGGAGGAAACUGUUCUUGAAUCUGUAGGUAAAAGGGUCUAGAGGUUGCGCCUAUAUAUAGUCCAUGUUUCAGAGCCAUUUAGAAGAGUCGGUAGAGUGACUACCUUGUAUAGAAAGUAUCAGCUUGGAUGUUGUAGCCAUUGAAGACUCUUAUCCUCUUAUAGCAUCCGAAGACAGUGCUUGCAGAUUGGAUGUGAUGUUGAAUCUCUGCUUCAAUGUCAACCUUAAAUGAGAGGUACCUUCUCAGGUAGUGGAUAUCUUCCAUGCUUGGGAGAAUCCCUCCAUUGAUCUUAAUGGAGGGAUGGACUGGAAUUUGACCUGGGACUGGUAAAGACUUUGCAUCUUCUUGAGGUUGAGGCUAAGUCUGAUUCUUCGGUAUGCUUCUGUGAAGGAAUUACAUGAGGCUUGAAAAUUCUGUUCUGAGAGAGCAGAAGGCACAUUGUCAUCUGCAUGCUGAAUUUCCACAAACCAGGUCAGUGUUGCUUUCUUCUUGGAUGUCAACUUGCUGAGGUUGAAACAUUUUCUGUCUGUCCUGUAGACAAUGUUCACACUGAUGUGCAGCUUGUUCUUCACAAGAUGAAGAAUGGUGGCAGUGAAGUUGGAGAAAAGGGUGGGGGUAAUGACACAUUCUUGCUUGAAUCCUGCCUUGUCUUCAAAGGAUUUGUCACAUUAACAUUGAUGAGGACGGUCAUCCUGUUGUGGAGGAUUUGGAAGCUGUUAAUGAAUUUGACUGAACAGCUGGCCUUUCUUAGAAUCUUCCAUAGCACUUCCCAAUUGACUGAGUCAAAAUCCUUAGUCAGAUCAAUAGAGUGGUUGGUGUUGUCCCUGGCAUUUUUCUUGGUGUUGCCGAGCAACGCCCAUAGUUGCAUAGUUUGGUUGGAAGUCACACUGGCUUUCAGGAAGGAUUUCGUCAGAUUUGGAGAAGGGGCCUGGCAAAGAUUUGGGUGAUGUUUUUCCUGGUGAUGGAGAGUAAUGAGAUUGCUUGAUUAUUCCCACAGUCAACUUUGUCUCUUUUCUUGAGGACAAUGUCAAUGACAGUAUCCUCAAGAUCAGUGGGGAUUUCUUCUUUGUUCCAGAUUUUCAGGAACAGUUGAUGGAGAUUUUGGGUGAGCUAUGCUCCUCCCCGUUUGAAAAUCUUUGCUGGAAACACAUCUCUUCCUCUGGCUUUUCCAUUUUUCAUGUGUCUAAUGGCAGCUUCAAUUUGUGCCACACCAGGUGGGAGUCCAAAAUCAUCUUUGGGGACUUGGCGGAUUUCCUCAAACAUGUCCUUAUCAACAAUUGCAUUGUGGUUUAGGAGUUCUUUGAACUGUACUCUCCGUCUGAGUCUCAUGUCUUCUCUGUCCCAAAAGUGUGUCAUCCUUACUCUGUACCAGUUUGAGGCCAAGACUGUUGGGUCUGUAUAUUAUUUUGGUGGCAUUGAAGAAACCUCAGGUUUCGUGCUUGUCAGUAAUGAGUUGCAGCUCCUUUAGCUUUCUCAGUCCACUAUUGGUUCUUGAUUUCCCUCGAUCAUCUUUGUAACUCUGCCGUAGCCUUUGCUGUUUGAGUUCACCUGUUUGACUCACUAAUGACAUUGCUUUGCCAGGCCUGUAGAGCUUUCAACUUCUUGUUGAUGUGGUCUCUCAUUGAACCAGUCUUGGUGUUUGUCAGUCCUGUAGCCUCUGGUUUCCUCACAGCAUGAGAUGUGGGCUGUCUUCAGCUCUUUCUCUACUCCAUUUAAAAUGAUCUCUUUGGAGAUUUUGAUGAAGAUAUUAUUGGAAGUUCACUGGUCUGUUCAGCUUUUGAAGCUGCUCAACAUUAAAUUUUUUUUCUGAGCUGUUUCUUUGUCUUCAGCUGCUUCUGGUAGCAUUUGAUUGAUAC